UCCCUCUUCAGUCCGUGCUGCGCCGCUUCCGGUGAGCCCUUGCCCGCUUUCCGGUUACUUCGCACCGCGCACCCCACCCCCUCCGCUCCCGCUGGCGGAGUGAAUCCCGGCUCCUCGUUCGCCAUGGUGCGGUUCCUGCACAUCCAGAACCGGCAACGAGCCCCGCUGACCAUUUGCGGGGACUGUCCUGCCGUGCAGGUGGGUGGGGAGGCGGGGGGGGUUGGCUUCCUGGGGGGGGAUCUGAGGAACGGUUGCCUGGGGAGGGAGGCGAGGCGGCGGAAACAAUGGGCGGCAGGAGAAGGAGGGAAGAAGCGCUGGGGUUUCGAAAGGGAGGACUCGGAGGGCGGUGAGGGGCCGGAGCCUUUGGGGAGAAGACUCUGCCCGGAGGAGGAGGAGGAGGAAGUUGCCUCGGAGUAGUUCCAGUAGUGACUGAGCCCAAAGCACCACCGACUCGCACCCCCGAGUUUUUCGGGUUUCCAGAAAAGUGGCUGCAUUGGCUGGUUGUGGUAAAAAGAACCCCGAGACUUGGGGUCCCUGAAAGACCCUCGCGCGUUUUGUUAGGGCUGGAGUUCUUGGGGGCUACGGGCCAUCUGGUGGGUCCGAGAGGUUGCGCACACAGCCUACUAAACUUGGGUUAAAACUUUAGGGUCCCUCCCACGAGGCUGGCUGGCUUGGGGAAAGGGUUCCUCUUCGUAGGGGAGGAGGAAAAAGCGGGGGUUUCUUUCAAUAGGUCCGCUUGCCAGAAUGAUAAUGAUAAUACCACGCUCAUCUAUCGGGGUUGCUCUGCUGUGGGCUGCCAGGCGCUGCUCAAGAGCAACCCUAACAUGGCUACGCAGGAGGAAGCCCUAAGAAAUUCAGUGUGGGGCUUACCCACAGAUGGCUGUAGCCUUAGCCACCUGAUUGCGACAGCUGUUGGUUUAUUUAUUGAAUUAAUUUGUUUUUUAAUUUGCUCACAUCUCGUCCUUCCUCCUGGAGCUGCCCAGAGUGGUGGAUAGACCCACAAUUUAAAAACAAAAAGUAAAACACUCUUAAAAUAAUUAAAGCAUUCUCAAAACUCUGUAACGGUUAAAAACAUUCUUCCUUCCGAUGAUCUGGGGGUUGCCAAGAACUUUCCUCCUCAAAUGAUGAUGAAGAUUUAGUGGAAGUGCAGAAGAUACUUUCUUAAAACCAGAUCUUGCCCCCAGUGUAUCCCAUGUAAGUAAUUGGGAUCGUCUUCCUGCUGCAGUGUGGCUGGAGACAUACAGUGUAUUUACUAUACCCAGUUGGGGAACGUUAGCCGUAUGGGAACUUGCUUUAGGAGUGUUAACAAUCCAAGGAUAAACAUUCUAUAAUCCUGAGUAGUGACCUGUUAGGAACAGUCAUAAUAAUAAUUUGUACUUGCUCUUUUUUUAGUGUUGAGUGCUUCACUUAGUGAUGGAUACUAAAUGCAGAUGUAUAAGUUUAUUAUGUGUACUAAAUGAAGCCAUGUAUUAAGCCACUUUGUGAUCCUAAGGAGUUUCUUACUGAUGUGCUGUUGUUUUUUCAUGGGUGAUAGGCAGAAGCAUCUCCAUAUUCCUUAGUUGACAUCUGCUUGAAUGCCUUGGUUGCCGACUUAGAAAAAUUCUGUAUAGAACGGCCUGAUGGGUCACUGUGCUUGAAAGAAUCUGAAAGGCUUCCUCAAGAAGUGGCCGAUCGCUUGCUGCAGACAAUGGCAUAUCGAGGUAACAGUUCUUUUUGUGCUAGCACAAGUGAUCUGAACAUGUCACAGACAAGAACAGCUUGUUCUAGCUAGCUCAUUCUUCUGUGUUGUUCCCCUUCCUAUGUAAAGUAUGCAUAUCUAGACCAUAUUGGGCUAGAAAUCUUAUGAAAUCCUCAAAGGAGCAAAAAAUUGGAUAAGGAUAACAUUAAGAAUUAUGCCCUAGAUAUUAAUAUUUAUUUGAUUUACAUCUUGCCCUUCCUCCCAAAGGAGCCCCAGUCUGUAACUUAGCUGUCACAUUAGCUUCACCACCAUGUUUAGAUUAAAAUGUGCUUAUUUCCAGUGGUCAAGUAGUGGUCUGAAACAUGCUGCUUAGCAAUAUCCCUCAUGCUAGGACAAACAGCAGUAGAAUAAACUGUGCAAGUUAAGCAUAUUUGCAUAUAGCUCAGUUGGUAGAGCAUGAGACUCUUAAUCUCAGGGUCAUGGAUUCCAGCCGCACGUUAGGAAAAAGAUUCCUGCACUGCAGGGGGAUGGACUAGGUGACUUUUGUGGUCCCUUCCAACUCUAUGACUCUGUGUUAUACAGUGGUACCUCAGGUUACAGAUGCUUCAGGUUACAGGCGCUUCAGGUUACAGACUCCGCUAACCCAGAAAUAGUACCUCGGGUUAAGAACUUUGCUUCAGGAUGAGAAUAGAAAUUGUGCGGCGGCAGCAGGAGGCCCCAUUAGCUAAAGUGGUGCUUCAGGUUAAAAACAGUUUCAGGUUAAGAACGGACCUCCAGAACGAAUUAAGUACUUAACCCGAGGUACCACUGUACUUCUGUCAGGAAUAGUCUGUUCACCUUGGAAGAUAGUCCAUCUGGGUUAUACUGCCAUCUAGUGUUCACAGGCAGAAAAUACAGAGUUGAGGAAAUAGUUGCCAUUACACUGAAUAGUCACCAAUCCAUUUUCUGCUUCCUGCCCAGGUGGUUCUGUUUCUACUCACCAGUUUCUCGCCUCACUUUUUGAACUGUUGCCUACCAUUUAGUAAUACAGCCUACUUUACAAAUGACCAUAUUUCAGUAGUUUACUUGCUCUAACAUAGGCUUGUUUUCCUUUCCUAAUAGAACUGUUGAAUGAUGGCACUGUGGGCAUUUUCCGAGGCAACCAGAUGCGUUUGAAGCAAGCUUGUAUCCGCAAAGCAAAGAUUUCAGCCCAGUCUUUCCGAAAAGCCUUCUGCCACCAUAAGCUAGUAGAACUGGAUGCUGCAGGGAUGAAUGACACUGUUACUGUUGCAGAUGUUGUGAGUGGGCUUGGCAGCAGUGCAUGGAUCCAGAACAACCUUCAGUGCCUUGUCUUGGACUCAUUAACUCUUUCCCCUACAAAUCCUUAUGAACGGAGCUUUAGUCAGUUGUCUGGUCUUCGUUCUUUGAGCAUUACCAAUGUGCUCUUCCGUGAUGAAGAUUUAGCAGAGGUUGCUACCCUGCCAAGGUUAGAAAGCUUGGAUAUCUCCAAUACUUCAGUCACAAAAAUAACUGCACUCCUGGCCUGCAAACAUCGACUUAAGUCUCUAACUAUGCAUAGCUUGAAAUGCUUGAAAAUGCCUACACCAAAGUUCUUAGAUGUAAUAAGAGAACUAAAGCAUCUGAUUCACCUUGACAUCUCAGAUGAGCAGCAUUCCACAUCAGAUAUUGCCUUUCGUUUGCUAGGCCAAAAAGAUAUUCUGCCCAAUCUUGUGUCUCUGGACAUUUCUGGAAGCAAAUACAUUAACGAUGAGGCUGUUGAAGCUUUUGUCAGACAACGGCCAACGAUGCGGUUUGUGGGAUUGCUCGGGACUGAAGCUGGGUACACAGAGUUCCUUUCAGGAGAAGGAACCUUGAAGGUUUGAAGGUUUUAAAUGUUCUAUAACUAAAAUGAUACUUGAAAAUCUAACAAAUGGUUUGGAAGGGCAGUUCUUAUUCCAAUUUGCUUGUAGCCUUGACCCAACAAUGUUUAUAUCAUGAAUUGUUGUUGUUUUUUUAAUUUGGAAAAAUAGGUGUGAUAUUAAAGAAUGAGUUUAAAUGAAAUAAUAAAUUUUUAAAGGAAAAGGGAGGUUCCUGUCUGUGUGCACAGCAAGUUGUGCAGCGCGUAGAGUGGAGUAGCUCUGGAAAGAAAUAGCACACAUUAAAACUGUUCAGCUCCAUUUUUGGCUAAGCUGAGGCUAGUCUUCAGGCAUAUUCACUUACCACUUUUCUGGACCCUCAGAAGUGAGAAGGGUGUUGGCAUGACAACACUUUGGCUUAUCCACACUGUAGUAGUUCUUUUGGGUCAUGCUAGUGCAUCACAAGGGAUGGAUGUAUUCCAGAACUGCAACCCCACCUCAUUCCAGAGUUUGUUUUUGUAAAACACAUUCAGAUUAGGUUUGGAUCUUCAUGCUUGGUGGAUCACCAUGUUACUGCAAGGCUUUGUUAGCUACUGAAUUUAUUAGACCUGAAAUGACCAUUCUGAGCCUAGUUAGUGAAAAUAAUGAAUUAUUUUUAUGUUCAAAGGUAUCGGGAGGAGAAAAUGAAAUGCAGAUUUCGGAAGCUUUGAAACGCUACAGUGAAAGGGCAUGCUUUGUGAAAGAAGCCUUUUUUCACCUUUUUACGCAAACAUGUUUUAUGAGAAUUACAAAGCCUGAAAUCCUAAAGGUAAGCCAGAUUAGUUUGAAUGCAAUAACUUCUUGCAAACUAUUCCACUGUGGUCAAAUUUUACAAAUAUUACUUAGUCCAUUAGCUCCUAUCUGCAUUCCCCAAAGAAGUAGACCUCUCUUUAUUCUCAUUCAUCCAUCCUUAUUUUUAUUGGAUUUUUGAUUUCAUUAUGUAUUGUGCUGAAUUGGUUCUUUGCAUAUUUCAUGCUGCAGCUUGUGAUCAUUGGAAUGAGGAAUCAUCCUUUGGACUUGGCAGUACAGUUAACUGCUAGUGCCUGUGCCCUUAACUUAACAAGACAAGGCUUAGCAGCAGGCAUGCCUGUUCGCCUGCUUUCCAGCGUAAUCCAGCUGCUCCUCAAAGCCAUGGAAACCUUUCCUGAACAGCAGCAGGUAAGGGUUUUGGGUAGGAUACAGUUACAAUUCAACAGCCCUAAUAAGAGAGCAGAUCUUACAACAUCUGUUAUACCAGUACUAAAGCACAGUAGGAGAUUUGCUGCUCAAAUCGGGGCACAUGAAUGAUAGAACAAAUGGUGCACAAAAAAAUUAUAUGGAUUUCUUUUCUAUUCUCCCCAACUUUUUGUCAGCUUUUAAAAUGCCACCUGUAGCCAUGGUUUGGAGUGUGAGGUGUGAAAUGUUGGCUCUUUUAGAUCCUUGGCUUAUAACGUUGUGUUAUGUUUUUUACAUAUAUAGAACUGUAUUUGGGGGCUGGGGAGGGCAGCAGAUGUAGCAUGUGUGAUGCACCACACAUGGUAGAACACACUGGCUCCAUUCACACAACUGUUGCCCUCUCCCAUGAGUUGGGGUGACACACUCACUGCCUCAACACAUACACAGGGUUCUGAUUAGCGUGACUGUGAAGUGGCCCAGUGUGGGUUUAAUGUUUGAAACUAGAGAAUGCCUGUCCUCCAUGCAGCUGUUAACUCUUCCAAUAUAUACCUCCUGUUCCAUUUAGUGCCCAGUCUUUGACUUCGGGAAAGUCAAGGUUCUGUCAGAAGUAUAGUUCAGUAAUUGUCUUACCUCUGCUUCCAUAAUGCUGAAUAAUCUGAUCCUGUCCUAGAUAACUAUCUGUUUUAAUUUGUUGUUCCAUAUGUUGAUGACUUGAGAAUGUUGUUUCAUUUGGAGGGUUUGAGCUGUAGGGUAGUACUCAACUAAGUUAUGUUCCUAGUAGACCUAUGUAAACCAAUGAACCUAAAUUAGUCAUACUCAUGAAUUUCAACGGAGUUCAGAUACCUAAACUCAUGCUCUUAAGCUGCAAAGCAUUGAAAACAUGCAUUCUUGAACCAUCUGUCCUGUAAAAAUGGAUAAUUAGCUUCAAAUACUGUAAACUGCCUUUGAUGAAGGGUGGUAUAUAACUUGAAUAAGAAUAACAAAUACAGAACCCUAUGGUGCUGAAUUCUCUCUUUCCAUAUAGCUCCAGAAGAACUGUCUUCUUUCACUAUCCAGUGUCAGGAUCCUGCAAGACGUUCCAUUUAACAGGCAAGUGACUCCAAUCUGUUACUGUACAGUAGGGAUAGACAGCUCUUCCCAGUAUAGUCUGUCUGCCACCUCGCUCAGUCUCUAGGACAGGGGUAGGCAGCCUAAGGCCCAAUCGCCUUCUCAAUCCGGCCUGUGGACGGUCUGGGAAUCAGCGUGUUUUUACAUGAGUAGAAUGUGUCCUAUUAUUUAAAAUGCAUCUCUGGGUUGUUUGUGGGGCAUAGGAAUUCAUUCACCCCCUCCCAUAUAGUCCAGCCCACCACAUGGUCUGAGGGACGGUGGACCGGCCCAUGGCUGAAAAAGGUUGCUGACCCCUGCUCUAGGGUUUCUCCUUUCUGAUGAAGACACACAUUCACUUUGAGACAUGGGCAAAAAGAACUUUUUAAUUUCCCUGCCUGCUCAGUAGGAGGAGUUCCAGAGGCUUUGGUAGAGUGUUCCCUCAUGCUGCCUUGAAGGCCAGUGCAAAUAUGAUGCCAGAUAAACUAAAGUUUCUUACCCAAAUGGCAGUCCAUGUGACUCGAUUGCUUCUCUGGAUCAUGCAGUAAUGAUGGAUGAAGGACAUUAGCCAGGACCUAGACAAAUGGGAGUAAGCGGCCGAGGUGUAUAACUCUGACAUAACUUCUGUUGCUAUUCAUUCUCUGUGUGUGUGAGAGAGGGAGGAAGAGAGAAGAGGCCAUAGAUUAGUGGUAAAGUUUUUGCAUACAGAAUGUACCAAUUUCUGUCACAGGCAUCUCUAGUUAAGCACACCUCAUGUAGCAGGACUAGAAAAUCUGAGACCUUGGAGUACUCUUGCGAGUUGAGUAGACAGAACUGCACCUUGUUCCUUUUUCCUAUGCCUUGGGUUUAAUGGCUCAGUUGCUUAGUAAGGAGAGACCACUGCAAAAACUUCUGAUGCUGUUUGUGCUGAUAAGGUGGGGUGGGGAAUGUCAAGAAACCCUAGGUACUUAUCAUGUUUAUACAGCAAAUACACAGCAAUGACUUAUUGAAGAGUGGUGUAUAGCUCUGAUGUCAGUGCCUUGAUCAGUUAAACACUUCUUAGGAAUGGUCAGUUUGGUUCUCCUUUCAUUUCUGCAUACAAGGCGGCUAGGUUUGGGUUGUAAGCAGGCCUCUCUCAUUUGCACUUUGCCUCAGGACAGGAUUAAUAUCUUCUUAAAAACUGGUGAAAGUGAAAGGGGGAAACUGCUUUAUUAAUCUUGUUCUUUCACUAUGACCUGGUUUAGAGUUGCAAAGUGUAUACUCUGACAAUGCUUUUAAAUUUUAGGUUUGCAGCUGCGAAAUUUGUUGUCCAGUGGCUUUGUAACCAGGAAAACCAACAUAUACAAAGAAUUGCUGUUAAUAUAAUCUCUAUCCUAGCACUUAAGGUAUGUGAUUUUACAUUUUCAUCUAGUUCAUCUUUAUUAUCAGAAGCUCUUCCACAUACGGAUUUCAAAUAUGUGGUUUGUUUUUUAGCUUUCAGACGAGCAAGCAGCACAGCUUGCUGCCGAGUUCUACAUUGUUGUUGGGGUGAGUUGUUGCAUCUCCUUUCCCCAUAACAGUGAGCAAUAUUUUAAGAGGGUUUGGGGAGGAGAGUGCAAUGUUGAAAUUUGCACUUCAUGUAUUCUAUGUAGUUAAUGGUGUCGUUUUCUUCCUUUACAGAAACUACUUGAAAUCGUUGAACAGAAAAUAAAUCAGAAUGAAUUAGAUACAACUUUCCAUUUUACACUGAGCGCACUUUGGAAUCUCACAGAUGAAGCGCCAACUACGUGUGGGCACUUCAUUGAUAACAAAGGGUUGGAGCUUUUUAUGAGAGUUUUAGAGGUAAACGUGGUAGCUACCUUUCUAACCAGUUGACAAAUACAACGCUUUUGUUGUUUAGUCGAUUAGUCGUGUCCGAUCUUCGUAACCCCAUGGACCAGAGCACACCAGGCACUCCUGUCUUCCACUGCCUCCCAGAGUUUUGUCAAAUUCAUGUAGGUUGCUUCUCUAACACUGUCCAACCAUCUCGUCCUCUGUCGUCCCCUUCUCCUUGUGCCCUCAAUCUUACCCAACAGAGUUUUUUCCAGAGAGUCUUGAGGUGGCCAAAGUAUUUGAGCCUCAGCUUCAGAAUCUGUCCUUCCAGUGAGCACUCAGGGUUGAUUUCUUUCAGAAUGGAUAGGUUUGAUCUUUUUGCAGUCCAUGGGACUCUCAAGAGUCUCCUCCAGCUACAUAAGCUUAAUAAUUAAACCUAUUUCUCUUUGCAGACUUUUUCAUCUGACUCUUCAAUACAGCAUAAAGUUCUUGGCCUUCUGGUAAGAGCAGAAUAAAGUGCAAUGUACUAGAAUUGUUUUAAAAGUUAAUGUGUGCAUUUUAAAGGUAUUAAAUCUGUCAUUUAUGAUUAGAGUAAUCCUCCGUGCUGUUCUCUUUUCUGGCCUUCAUGAAAAGGUGGGAAAAGGAAGUUGAUUUUUCUAAAGUAGAAAAAUUUCCUUGAGCGUUAAUAUAGCAGUGAAAUACAUACUUCUGAUUUUUUUUUAUUGACUUGAGAUGCAUGACACUUCUCAACAUAUAAAGAGAUGCUGGCCCAUCCUCCUUUCAGGGGAAAUUUAUUCAGUUUCAGUAAUAAAGUGACAACAAAUUAGCAUGGCAUUUGCCAGCUCGUGAUAUUCACGGUUGUGUUUUUUCUAUCUUCAUCAGAACAAUGUAGCAGAAGUGAGAGAGCUGCAGUCCAAGUUAAUGCAGAAGGACUUCAUAGAUCGUGUCAGUGAUCUGCUAAGCAGCGCCGAAAUGGAAGUGAACUACUUCUCAGCCGGGAUUAUUUCAAAUUUGCUCUCUAGAGGCGAACAAUCCUGGGCAUUGAGUCAAACACUGAGAAGAUCCCUCAUUGAAAAACUGGUAUGGUGACUUAGAUUCCAUAGUUAUUUCGAAUAUUUUCAGUGUUUAUUGAAAUGUUGACACUUGGUUCUCUCUGUUACAGCAUGCAGCUCUGUUGAAGUGGCCGACACCAGAAUGCAAGAUGGUAGCACUGCCAGCCUAUAGGUAUACCUCUAGUCAAAAUAUGCCUUGGCCAGUAAUUCUGUAUACUGUAUAUGGUUACCUGGCAAGCAGGGACCCUCUGGAACAUAUCAGAAGGGAAUAGCCUCAAAUGUUCUAAAUAACUUGCUCAACAUUGAACCCUGUUGCCAAUAUGUAUCUGCCAAGCGAACAACAAACCAACAUUUAUGACUUGUUAGAGGUUAUUAAAUAGAUCCCAAUAUAUUUAUUGGACAAUUGUAAUUAUUUUUACUAGAUCAGUGCUAUGUACAUAAGUAGUUCUGCAAUCCAUCUUCAUUUCCUUGCCUCAAACACCAGUUCCUCCCACCUUUCUCUGCCAGCCUUAAUGCCAAUCAUGAUUCUUAGGUAACUUUUCUUCAAUCCAUAGGUCCCUCAAGCCUUUCUACCCAUUACUUGACUGCUUUGCAUUACCUGGAGUGCAGAUUUGGGCAGCGUGGGCCAUUCUGCACAUCUGUUGCAAAACCCGUACGUAUGGAUGGUUUUCUUUUAAUAAGCCUAUGACUUUCACGUUCAACCUGUAAAGCCUGUUGGGAAUGUCCAUGUAGCUUCCCCCCACCCCCCAAAAAAACUUGGUAGAAGAUGCAAUGUAUGUUGUAGCUAUUCAGACCAAAUGCUUUGGUGAUCAGCUCUGUCCCUGCAUUUGUUCUAAGCUCAGAGGGUGAUUUAUGCUGCUCCCCUUCUCUCUCUUCCUCCUCCCAUUAUUGCAAUAAGGUAUUAAUACUGUGGAAUUGUGGUGGGAGUAAGUCCCUGCUGCCUCUAACAGCAAAUGCAUCUUUAGAAUUUUCCUGGCAAGUAUGUGAGGUCUAACAGGCCCCAGAUAUGUAGAACAGGUCACUAGGUUUGCCGGUGCCUUUUUACACACAUGGACUUUAGUUCUCUCUUACCAGGUAAUUGCAGCAUACAACAUGCUUCUGUUUGUGCGACACUAUAAUCGCUAUUCUGUUAGGAGGGUUGUGUGUCUAGAGAACCCUGUCUUGGUGUAGGGAAACAAACUUUAAAAUUCCCUCAGGGGGCAUUCUUGCCUUCAGUUAUGUCCCACAAACUGCAGCAAUGAACACCUUUUAAACUCCGUACUUCUCUGCAAAAAUACAGACUGAGUACAGUUGUACCUUGGAAGCUGAACGGAAUCUGUUCUGGAAGUCCGUUCGACUUCCAAAAUGUUCGGAAACCAAAGCACAACUUCUGAUUGGCUGCAGGAAGCUCCUACAGCCAAUCGGAAGCUGCAGAAGCCCCUUCGGGCAUUUGGCUUCCAAAAAUAGUUCACAAACCGGAACGGUCACUUCUGGGUUUGUGGCGUUCGGGAGCCAAAACAUUUGAGAACUAAGCUGUUCAAAAACCAAGGUAUGACUCUGCUAUGUCUGUGCUUAAAACUUCUGUGUUAAAUGAGGAAUCUCAAUUUCCCGAAGUCAGGAGCGAAGUGUAGAAGUGAAGCUAGAGUGGUUAUGUUCCAUUCAUGUUGGAUCAUCUAAUAAACAGAUUUUUGUUUCUCUUCAGCUGCCAGGUACUGUUCCAUGUUAAUAGAAGAGAAUGGGCUACAGCAUUUAUAUAAUAUUAAAGAAAAUGACCAGAGCGAUCCAGAUGUCCAGUAUCUAACAAACGAGAUACUAUCUUACGUGGACACUCACAUGAAAUAUUAUGGGAAGCCUAAACAGCGAAAGGAGAUACAAGCCAAGUCAAAUGGAUAACCGAGGGCACGGCUGUUUCUUUCAUUUUGUCAUGUGCAGAAGCUUCGAUGGUGAUUUCUUAAUGCUUUCUCAGGCAUUUCGGAUCAAGAUGGUCCUCCUUGUAAGAUCUGAGGGUACUUGUAUGGCAUGCACAUCUGGAAGUCUCCGACAAGUAGCUUUAAUUUGUAACUUGCCUUCUGAAAAGGGAAAUGGGGCACCGUCCCAAGAGAAAACUGCUUAGUAGCUGACUGUACAGGUCUUGAAAAGAGUCUGUUGGUUUUGUAAGCCACCAAUUUCAUAUGGUGGUGGUCAAGGACACUGCAAAUGGAGGCUUUAAAAGCUACUUGUUCUUGUGCCAGUAAUCUUUCUUCUUGUCAGUCCAGGAACUGUUCCAUUUUUUUGUCCAUGCCUUACCACCAGUAAACUCUGUAUUGCUUGUGGUAGCCAAGAGAAAAUAGGAUUGGCUUAGCCUUGGAGAAACACUUUUAAAAUCCCAUGCAGUGAAGGCAGAGGGGUUUUGAAAAUCCUGGGCAAGGGAGAGGUAGGCUGUUUCAACUAAAAUGUUGAAUUAGUCUUCAACAGGCUGUUAAGCCAGUCCAAAGCGUUCGUGAGGGGCUUACACACAUUCUAUGUGCAUGUUGUACAGGGGAGAUUCUGGCUUUGUCAGUUGUAUAUUGCCACAACCCAACAUAAAAACCCUGUGCAUCCACAUUGUUUACGAAUGUACGCAAACUAUUUUUGUACUUGGAGGGGGGAAAUCUUUCAAGAUACUUUCUAGGUUUUAAUACUUAAAAUAAAAGGCAUGUCCAAUGAUGGUACAGA